CGAUUUUCUACCUUUUAUGAUUUUGUUUUUCGGUUUUUUCCCCCUAUUGACGAUUCGCACAUGUUGUUCGGGGAGUCGGUUUUAGGUGUCCUUUCGUUCUAUAUAAAUUAUAACAGAUCCGUGUUCUGGUCAGUUGCUGUGGAGCAUUGGAAGCAACCCUAUCAGAAUGACAUUGGCGGAAAAACUAGCGCUAGUGACUAUUGUCGCUUGUGCUUGCGCAGCGAUAUCGAGGGCUAGUCCACUAGAACCGGAGCGGUACUUUUUGGUUGAGGCUGAACCACGUGCCCAGCAGGAAGAUUAUCUGUUGAAUGAUGAUGUGUGGCCUUCGCACUACGAUAUCGAGAUUGUACCGUACCUGGAAGCGGAAGGAAACAAGGCACAGUUCACUUUCGAUGGUAGUGCAAAGGUGACGGUCACUACCACGAAACAGGAUGUGACGCAGAUCAAGCUGCACAAGGCAAGGAUGGAUAUCAGUGCCUGGAGCGUUCUCCGCACAUCGGAUAAUGCCGUUAUACCGACACAGCAGGAAAUGUAUGAUGCUGAGACGGAAAUUUUGACACUGCCACUGAGCACGCCUCUGCAGGCAAACGCGGAGUACGUGCUGUCGUUUACAUACAUCGGAAACAUGGACGAAGAUAUGCAUGGAUUCUACCGCAGCUACUAUUGGUCGAAUGGCGAAAAGGUGUGGAUGGGAUCGACACAGUUCCAGCAGACACAUGCCCGCCGUGCCUUUCCGUGCUUCGACGAGCCUAAAUUUAAGGCCACCUUCCAGCUUAAGAUCAACCACAAAACGCAGUACAAUGUGUACUCUAAUACACCGAUCAUAACCAGCACGACUCCUCAAGCUGGUCGCAGCUUGACCACGUUCGGCGUUACUCCAACGAUGUCUUCCUAUCUGGUAGCUUUCAUUGUGGCACCGUACGAUGUGAACGAACGCAGUGGUAUGGGCAUACUUGCUCGACCUCAGGCCAAGAACCAGACGGAUUACAGUUUGAGCGUAGGCAUCGAUCUACUGAGAGCGCUUGGCGACUGGAUUGACUAUCCGUACAGCAGUGUUCCCGCGAUGACGCGUAUGUACAUGGCUGCGGUGCCCGAUUUUUCGGCCGGUGCCAUGGAAAACUGGGGACUGCUCACAUACCGGGAAACGAAUAUUCUUUACCGUGCGGAUGAUUCGACCAGCAUGCAGCAGCAGCGUAUUGCGGCCGUUAUUUCACACGAGAUAGCGCACCAGUGGUUCGGAGAUCUUGUGACCUGCGAAUGGUGGGACGUUACCUGGCUGAACGAGGGUUUCGCUCGCUACUAUCAAUACUACGGCACUGCACUAGUGGAAACGGCCUGGGAUCUGAAUGAUCAGUUCGUGGUGGAACAGCUGCAGGGAGUGAUGCAGAUGGACAGCUUGAUGUCUACCCAUCCCAUGACACAUCCCGUGUACACACAAUCUCAGGUUAGCGGUAUCUUUGAUAACAUUUCCUACAACAAGGGAGCGGUCACACUGCGCAUGAUGGAACACUUCCUCGGUACGGACCGGUUCCAGACCGCUCUGAGGGCAUAUAUUAAGGAUCGUGCAUUUAAAACCACACGUCCAGCAGAUCUUUUCAACGCUCUGAAUCGCUACGAUCCCAGUGCCAGGGCUUUCAUGGAACCGUGGACGGUUCAGUCCGGUUAUCCGCUGGUAACCGUCACUAGCCAUGACAGUGGAUUCACGCUUACCCAGAAACGUUUCCUCGUUAACGACCCGAAUCACACAGAUCAGACAACCUGGCCAUUGCCAAUCACCUAUGCUACGGACGCGAAUGGGUUUGCCAAUACGACUCCCGCUAUUCACACCGAAAGGACGAUGAACAUUGAAAUGGAGGGUGCUUCCGAUGUUAAAUACUUCAUUCUGAACAAUCAGCAAGUGGGUUAUUAUCGCGUCAACUACGAUGCCAAUCUGUGGGCGAAGAUAAGUAAGGCGCUGCGCAGCGAAGGAUUCGGUGGAAUUCAUGUACUAAACCGUGCACAGAUUGUGGACGAUCUCUUCAAUUUGGCACGUGGUGAUGUUGUACCAUACGGAACAGCGUUGGAAAUUCUGGAGUACCUAAAGGAUGAAACUGAAUAUGCACCAUGGUUGGCGGCAGUCAAUGGUCUCACCACUCUGUCUCGCAGGGUACACUCGGAGGAUGAAAAACUAUUUGCGUCCCACAUCUUGGACAUCUUUUCCAAGGCAUACGACACGGUGAAGUUCCAAGCACCAGGCGUAUCUGAACGACGUGUCUUUACGUACAUGCGUCAGAAUGUACUUCAAUGGGCUUGCAAUUAUGGUCACGAAGAGUGCAGCAAAGCUGCGGUAGCCGAAUUCGACCGAUACCACAAAAAUCCCACCAUGAAAGUUCAUCCUGACUUACGCCAGGUCGUAUAUUGUGAGGGAAUUCGUAAAGGCACUGUAGAGCACUUUGAGUUCUUGUGGAACCAGUAUUUGACGACGAACAUGGCAACAGAGCAAAUUCUUAUCCUGCAGGGAUUAGGCUGCGCUUCAACGAGUGAACUAGUUACCAUUAUGUUGGAUGCCAUCGCAUCACCAAACGUUCGUUCGCAAGAUAAGAGCAACGCUUACACGUACGUCAUCAAUAACCCGUAUACGCUUCCACAUGUUUCGCGCUACCUUCAACAACACCACGCCAUUUGGGCUGCUGCGCACGGUAGCUACAUGAAUGUUGCUUCUGCAUUUAACAAUCUGCUCUCCCGUUUGAAGAGCGACAGCGAGCGCGAUAUGAUCAGUAGCUUCAUCGAGGCGAACAAGAACACACUUGGCCAGGCUGCCUACGAUUCGAUUAAGAACGGAUUGGAGGAUUACGAAACUAACAAGCAGUUUACCAUGAGAAAUCGUGGCGAAAUCAGUGAGUUCCUGGACAAGAAGAUCAAUGGCGGUGCAGCUACCAUGAUUGCCAAUUUGGCGCUGAUUGUUGGACUGUUGAUGGUGGUACUAGCUCGUUGGUAAUUCACUAACCGUUGUUUAAGUGCCAUGUUACAGUGAUGCAGUCACGGGUUUCAAAUGUGUCAAAAAUGUGCUUUAAUAUUUGUUUUAAGUAUGUUGGACCAAUAAAGUAUUUACUUGCUCACUUA